GUAAUUCGACUCCUCUUCCCUUUCUCAAACCUGCUCUCCGUAGUCACUGACUCAAACGCGCGCGAGAAACCUCCGGGCGGCUCCCCCACCGUCCCGCGUGCCGCUCCGACCAUUCUCCGGCAGUUCCCGUCCCGAGGCUCCGUCUUCUCGGGCAGUUCAUCGGCUGUCCCUUGACCUUCUUCCCUGUAGCCAGGAACCAGGUAAUGUUUUCAGAGUCUUUUCGAAACUCGAUGUCGCCAGUGGUGGGCGAGGACGGUGGAGCUCACCGGCCCUCAGUUUUACCAAAAUUACAGUGGGUUAAGCUUAAUUUCAGUAGGGUUUAGGGUUAUCUUGGCAAUGACAGGAGUUAAUGUACCAUGGUUGGGAUGCAAGAUUUAGGGAUAUUGAAGCCUGAAGCUGCCUAUAUGGAUGCAGUUGUGUAUAGUGUCAGUGAUAGCCUGAUAAGAUAAUGAUGACUUAACAUUUCUAGAUCUUGUUGAUCUCUCUCAGUGCAUGUAUAUAUAGAGGAAGGUGAUCAAUUGAACCCUGCGUUUGAUGGGUAGUUAAAAACCAGUAACACAACUAAUGGCAGCUGCUUCCUUUGUCUCAGAACUCAGAAGGAAAGUGUGAAAGAAAAGAAAGGUUGAAUUUCGAUGCGUAGUUAGCAAUAACAAUGUAGGGUGAAAUUCGCACAAUUGAAACAGCAAUUGAUCUCAAUGAAGAAACUAGGGCGAAAACAUCUGCAGCAAAUCACUUCUCCUGAGCAAUCCAACUAACAGAACACAAUCUUCAGCUAGAGCUCUUAGCUUUUCUAAUUUCACUUAUGCUUCGGCUUCGUGUUUAUGCGUGUUAACAAUUAUUUGAUUAAUCAAUUAGAAUGUUCCCAACUCCCUCUGAGACAGAAACAGAGAGUUUUAGUUCACAUUAGAUUAUUAUCCUUUCGGAAAUGAUGCUCUAGUUCUACUUGAUAUCAUCAAACAAUUUCACUGAUCAGUAUUCAUUUUAUUGUUCUCAGAGAUGGAUCCUACGAGUUUCACUCCACCACGAGGAGUGAAUCCCGGGCCAAUCGAUAAAUCUGUACUUUGGGCAGGAGACCAUCGUUGUGAACGUGUUUGGCUUAACCAGAUGCUAGGAAGUUUCAAAUUACGGGAUCAGGCGAUAGUGAAGUAUGAUGAUCGAUACCAAGAUGCUUUAGAAAGCAUCGGGUUUGCUAGUAUUAAACCGAUCUCGAAGAUUCAUCUCGAUGCUGCUUUGAUCACUGCAGUUGUUGAGAGCUGGCGUCCAGAAACGUCCACGUUCCACUUUCGUACGGGAGAGUGUACUAUCACUCUUCAAGAUGUAGAGAUGAUUCUAGGGCUGAGAGUUGAGGGGUUGCCAGUAACCACGAAAACAGACAAAUCUCAAGCAAAUUCAGUGCAGAAGAUGUGUGAAGUGUGUUUGGGAGUGAAUCCUGGGGGCAGUAAUCUUGAGGGCACUAGACUAAACAUGAAGUGGUUACGUCAUGCGUUUGACUCUCUUCCUGAAGAUGCUGGAAAAGCUGAUGUGGAUAGAUAUGCUCUUGCUUACAUGUUAUCACUAAUCGGGGGGGUUUUAUUUCCCAAUCGUUCUGGAGCAAAUGUGACUUGCAACUACUUGUGGAUCUUGCGGAACUGGGAUUUGGCAUGUAGGUGCUCAUGGGGGUCCGCAGUCCUUUCUAAUACGUACCACGAGAUGGGCAGAACCGUCCUUGGCUAUGGAUCAACGGGUGGUAAUACUUGUGGGGAUUUGGCUGGAUGUUACAUCCUGAUUCAGUUAUGGGCGUGGCAAAGAUUACCAAGUAUUGCUCCUAUUCCUGUUCUGCCCUAUAGUCCCGCCUCACCGUUCGGACUAAGAUGGACCAAUCCGAAGAAAGCUGCACCAAAAAUGCAUGUAAGGGAUCAUCGAAGAUUCCUUGACACAACUGAUGAUUUUGUGUGGAAUCCAUAUAUGUUAGAAGAGCAUCAGUUCAGAACCAUUUGGGUAUGUGUCACUCCACUGAUAUGCUUCCACAGCGUCGCAUGGCACCAUCCAGAUCGUGUAAUGCGUCAAUUCAACCUUUUGCAACACAUCCCAACUAUGGUGGAGACGAAGAAUGAAGUAGAGACGCUAUUGAAAAAAGAUAACCGUGCACAAGAGAAUGAUUGGCCGGAGCACCAUUCCUUGUAUGUCCAGUAUUGGGAAGAGAGUGAAGAACAUAGAAUUUGUGGUGAUCCAAUCCCUAGACACAGUAUGCAUUAUCAUGCCGCUUACAUGGAGUGGUAUAGGCAUAUUACACGACGGUUCAUCACAUACGAUGCUGGCCAACUUGAAACCAUGAAUGAUAUACUUGAACAUGCACGCCAGUUUACAAGGUCGGGAGAUCCUUUAAAUGCAGCUACUGUCCAAAGUCUGGAUCAACUCCUGAAGAAUUGCAUGUUGGUUGGUGAUGGAGAUGUACGGGAACUCAGGGGCAUAUUACUAGACGAAGCACCACAUCGACAGGGGUAUCUAGUUUACCCAGAUUAUGUGCCACCUGCACAACAAGAAAGAAGACAACAAAAGAGGAGAGCUUGUGGUCGAGCUAACGAGGAACAUGAACAACAACUACAAAUACCGGAGCCUCUGCAAGUUUCAUCUUCUGGUCAUGGAUCUAGUAGGGGAAACUGCGAGCGAACUCAACCAUAUGCUCAUCAUGCAACAAGCAUUCCAGAAUAUCAUGGUGGAUUUGGAAGUCAAAGUCAGCAUGUGACUCCCUCUCCAACUUCUCAACUUUGUUCGCUGCCAGGAGGUGGACAUGGUGGAUCUGGAUUUUCUCAGGUUGUUUCUACUCAUUCCCAGGAAACGGGUGGGUUCAGUUCUCGUAUAGUGCGACACCGAUCACAAGAACCAGUGCUUGGACGGCCCUCUAACGUUGAUUCUGUCAAUGAAGUCUCGACCGGUACCCCUGAUCAGCCCCUUCUUGGAGGUGGACAUGGUGGCUCUGAAUUUUCUCAGUUUGGUUCUACCCAUUUCCAGGGGACGGGUGGGUUCAGUUCUCUUACAGUGCAACACCGAUCACAAGAAGCAGUGCUUGGACGGCCCUCUAACGUUGAUUCUGGCAACGAAGACUGGACCGGUACCCCUGAUCAACCCCUUCUUGGAGGUCACGGUCGAGGCAAAGCAGUAAUCAACGAGGGCGGCAGCCAGCGAGAUUUUAGGUUGCGACCACUUACCAAUUUACCAUCCAUUCUUCGCCGUCGCACACGUUGACACCAUCCCCCUCUGACUGACCAUCACACUUGGUAGGCAUUAGUCUGUUAAUAUAUGUAGUAGGCUUGAGUCUCUGUUAAAAUAUGUAUUGGCUGUGAUGGGAGAUUUCUGUGGACUGUGGACAUGUUCCAAAACUAUAGUGACUAACAAACCCAACCCAUCAAGCCUAAGUCAGUCAAGAGAAUGCUAGCUUAAAUCAGCAGAACAUUGGGGGGAAAAGUCCAUCUUGCAGGUUAGCAGCAUUUGCAUACUUGUAUACAAGUUACAGAUAGAGAAGAAGAUUUUACCAUGAUCGAUCAAUAUUGUAUUCUAUUUCUGAAAGCAUGUCCUUGCUAGUCUCAAGAUUAUGUUCUACAGAGGAGAAUGGUUUUUGUCCUCCAUUUUGCAAACUGAAAACCAAAUUGAACAAACUGAUCAUAAUCGAACAUAAACUGAACGUGUGCAGAAAUCGUUGAAGUGUUGUCACUCUUUCCUUCUCCUUGUUUGUCUUUCAUCUUCUGCUUGAGCCUUCGUCGAAUUCCCAAACAUUGGAUGAAGAACAGAUGUAUCUUCUUGAAUGAGUAUGGCAUAUUAAGAUUUGGUGUGUUUUGUUUGGACACUUCGUUCGACUUGUCCCUAAUUUCAGGCCUGGUACCUACAGGAAAACAAUGGGGAAGGGGAGCUAGCUGGCUAAUUCCAGGCUCUCUGAAUUCAACCAAGAAGAACCGAAACGCUUCGGCCAUUGAUGUCCCCAGUUGCAGCGACGGUAUCAGGGGACAUUGAAGUGAGCACAGUUACAAAUUGUCUCGGAUGUCGAUUCAAAAUGUAUCCCUUGCUGCAAUUGGAAAUAUUAGAAUUGUGAAUAAUAGCAUGCUUUGCUC